UCUAAAAAAGAAACACAGAUAAAAUAUUUUAAGCUGAUAAAUUUAAUGAGAAUAAUUGUAAAAAAAGAAGUAUUUUUAUUUAUUUGUUAUGAUUUGUAAUGUGAAGGCGGUGGUCGAAAUGAAUUAGUAGAGAAUGUGGAUCUAACCAAUGAAAUGUAGCGUUACAUGAGUGUUGUGUUGAGUCAGUUGCGCUAUCUACUAAUAAUACUAGCGCUAAAACAACAGCAGCAGUACAACAUAUCUACUGCUUGCUUUAUUACACUACUUAAUACUACUACUACUGCUUGAUAUAGUUGUGUGUAGAGCGAAGCUUGCAUUUAUUUGUAUUGUUACCUUUCGGAGGGCACCACGCAACGGGAGCAACACUUACUUAAAAACAAACACGACUAGCAACCUAAAACAAAACACAAACCCAUUCAGAAUCUUAUUGAAAGAGACAAUUGGGGAAGCAAAAUGAAUAAACGUUGUGGAAGGUGUUCGAAGCCCGUCUAUCCUACAGAGGAGUUAAAAUGCUUAGACAAGGUAUGGCACAAAAGUUGCUUCAAAUGCGAAGUCUGUGGAAUGACCUUAAAUAUGAAGAAUUACAAGGGAUAUGACAAAAAACCUUUUUGUGUGGCGCACUAUCCUACUACGAAAUUUACUUCAGUUGCCGAUACUCCCGAAAACAGGAGGAUAGCUACAAACACUAAAAUUCAAAGCAGUGUACAAUACCACAUGGACUUUGAGAAAAACAAGGACAAGUACACAGUUGUAGCAGACAACCCUGAUAUGCAACGGUGUUUGAUGGCUUCAAAGAAUGCAAGUUUGGUCAACUACCACAGUGACUUUGAAAAACAAAAGGGUACUUACACUGCUGUAGCUGAACCUAUUGAAUUGAAACAACAUUUGGAAAACACAAAGAACAUGAGUUUGGUAAACUACCACAGUGAUUUUGAGAAACAGAAGGGUUCCUAUACUGCUGUUGCAGAACCUAUGGAUGUAAAGCGACACUUGGAAAACACAAAAAACAUCAGUCUGGUAAACUACCACAGUGAUUUUGAGAAACAGAAAGGUUGCUAUACAAUGGUUGCAGAACCUAUGGAUAUAAAACAACAUUUGGAAAACACCAAAAAUAUCAGUCUGAUUCAGUACCACAGUGAUUUCGAAAAGCAGAAAGGUAACGUCACACCCGUUGCUGACACUUUGGAAAUGAAGCGUCAUACAGAAAAUGCAAAGAACAUUAGUUUGAUUCAGUAUCACAGUGACUUUGAAAAGCAGAAAGGGUCUGCAGCGAAAUUGACAGCAGAUUCUAUGGAGAUGAAGAGACAUCUGGAAAAUGCCAAGAAUGCCAGCAUGAUUAAAUAUCAUGAAGAUUUUGAGAAAUCGAAAGGAAAAUUCAUCACCAUUGCUGAUGAUCCAGAAUUGCAACGCAUCAAGCAGAAUACUCAGAUUCAGAGUGAGAUCAGCUAUAAGGGUAUCAAACAAACCCGGGAUUUUAUGGAACAACGACGACCAGAUCAAGCUGCUCAGGAUGGUCUUCCUCCUCCUCCUCCUAUGUCUUCUACUACUACUACUGCUGCAGCUGGUGGAGGUGGUAGUGGGGUCCCCACAAUUGGCAGCAUUGGGCGACCUGGUAGGAUCAGUGACUACGACCCCUACCAAGAGAAUUCAUCCUUCAACUCCCCAUACUCUGCUAAGUCCCAGGCCACUACCAUUUAUGAUUCUAGAAUUGGACAAGUGGACAAAUCCAAAAAUACUUCAGCAGCUAAGACAGUUGAAAAAGUAGCCAAAAGCAAAGAAAGUUCUAAGUCAUCUAAGAAAGUUGAGAAUGGUUCUUCUCGUCGCAUUGGAUCAAUUGCUGAUUAUGACCCUAUGAAUAACCAAUAUGGCUCCCUUGUAGCAGACCAGGAGCAGACAGGUAGAGUGUAUGAUCCAGCUCCUGCACACCCACAGAAUCCGUAUGCUGGAAAAGGGGUAAGUGUUGAAUUUGUAAUAUCUUGUAAGGCUAUCUUAACGAAACAUACUGACUCUUGUUGACGUCAACAUGUUUGC